AUGCUCAUGAACCUUACAAACUCCAACACACUCCAAGAGGUACAAUGCCGAACCUGCCUCUUAAAACCGAAGGUCCGAUUACGGAAGCUAACAACACGCAUCCGGAAAAUUACGGAGGAACUCGAAAAGAUAGAACAUGAAGACACCGUAGCGCCGCGGGUGUUAGCAAGGCUUGAAAAGGCCAAAGGGGAACUUACUCAAGAAAUCGAACGGCUAGAGGCCAUAUGCAGCCGGAUGAAAAUACCGGUCUAUACUCCUCCCCAGAUCGAUACGUUUCCGGAACACUGCCCAACACCUCCACAGGAGAAUGCGGCAUCCAAAGAUUCCGAUGAAAGAGCCGACCCCAAUCUCACCGGGCAAUCCCCUCCUCCAGAACCGGAAGUCCCUGCUUCAGACUUCACGAAAGAAUGGGUUGAGGACCGUCUUCAAAAGCUUGAAGCCUCCACAUCAGAACUGAUUGAUAACCGCAUUCAGGAGUUUGAAGACUCCGCGGUUCAGCCGUUCAAAGAUAGAUCACAGAGGAUAUUUGGUUCGGCCCUCCAGUUCGCCGACGCCACAAGGAGUCUUCUGGUAAGAAAUCAGGAACGGUUCUUAGAAAUCGGUGAAGAUCUGCAGGAAGAGGCAGCUCAGCGCAAUAAAUACGUUCAGCGAACCGAAAUUUUGGAGGACUUGACCUCCGAUUUAAAGAAAGACUUCGACCGGCUUGAAAGGGAAACCGAUCAACGGUUGACAUCAAUGAAUGAUGACCUGGUUGACACAACACUUCAACGGGUCUCCGAACUCGAGAAGACAAAUGUGGGUCUCGUGGCCGACCUAAAGGCGCUCUCUGAACAGGUUGCCGAACUGCUAAAGGCAAAGGUGAACGCAGAUGCCGCGGCUAUAGCGGCCGAUGCUGAGACGGCUAAAAGGAUCCAGGAUGCGCUGGAUGCCGAAAUGAGUAAAGAAAAGGAGGCACCGCGUUCCACUCAACUCACCGAAGAAGAAGCAGAGGCCGAGCGACUUCGAAUUGCAGAGGCUAAGUACCCGGGGCUCACAAAGAAAGUAGCCGCUCAAACUGCGGAGGAUGCCGCACGAUUGGAAAGGCAAAAACAGAAGCUGGAAGAAUUCGCCGCCGAAAACAAGAAGAAGAAGGCGGCCGCCUCCGCCUCAGCGCCGAAAAAGCGGAAGAGGGAGGCUCCUAAGAAGGAGGCCCCUAAGAAAGUUCAAAUAGCCGAGCUGCUAAAUGAGGUCUCAGAAGCGGUCAUCCCGAGUGAAUCGCAGCAGGCCGACCAAGUCGAAGAGGAAGUCGAAGAACAACUGCGGUCACGGUCUAUAAAACGACGAUCUUCCGAACCGACCGGUCAAUAG